AUGAUCAAUGACUUUGGGGCACCUGCUGCAGAAAAUCAGAAAGGCCGCCAUCUUAUUGAGUUUUCCGACCCCAAGAUUGAGAGCCACAACAUCCUGCACAUCUUCUUGACCGCUAUCACUCCACAGAAGGAUCUCUUUAAGCCGAUGGUGCCUUCAGAUCGGAGGGUGGUCCAGGAGAUACGCUGCUACAAAGGUCGAAAUCAGAAUGUCAUCACUCCUAUCGACAUUUUUGUUGCUGCCGCCCAGCUAGACCUUCCCUAUGUUGCUGCCAAGGUCAUCGAGGUCUACACUAUAGCCGACAUCGUCUCAAAAGUGCCUGUGACCUGGCCUGUUCUCUCAUCUCACGCAGAAUUCGACAUUGAAAACUUGGAACCGAAGGCUUGGGAAAUGAUACCUGGCAUCUAUAUGCGUGCACUCUACCGAGCAUCGACUCCAUUCUACCCGCUUCAAUCUCCUCAUUCGGCCAACAAUUACUGUACUCGAUGCCGUCAAUACACGACGAAGAAUUCUCAGAAAGCUGCCAAGUUCUUGGAGGAAGUGUUGGCCCCUUCAAAGGAGUGA